CUGUUCCUCUUGCUACACACUGCACUGUCCUGGUUUAAAUAAGAGGUUGAGUCUCUCCCAUUGAGUGCUUUGAUAAUAAAACAUAGUAGGUAGCUUUAUAAACAUGAUUAAAACCAAUAGAUGUAAUGUCUGUCAAAGGUUGAAGUCUCGGUUUGACAUGUAGUUAGCUAGCUAGAGGAAACAGAAGCGUCAAUAUAGCGGAAGUGGUACUGCCCUGAACGAUUCUAGGAGUGAGACGGAGGACGGAGGCUGCAUCUUUCAGAGAAAAAAAUCAGGAAUUAGAGCCGUAAAUAUUACUGAAAAAUGGACAAGAACGACCUAGUACAAAAGGCUAAGCUCGCUGAGCAGGCAGAGCGCUAUGACGACAUGGCCGGGGCCAUGAAGUCUGUGACGGAGCAGGGUGGGGAACUCUCCAACGAGGAGCGCAACCUGCUGUCAGUGGCCUACAAGAACGUGGUGGGGGCACGCCGCUCAUCCUGGCGCGUCAUCUCCAGCAUCGAGCAGAAGACAGAGGGCAACGAGAAGAAGCAGGCCAUGGCCAAGGAGUACCGGGAGAAGAUUGAGACCGAGCUGCAGGACAUCUGCAAUGACGUGCUGGGACUUCUUGAUAAGUACCUAAUUGCCAAUGCGACUGCAGCUGAGAGCAAGGUUUUCUACCUGAAAAUGAAAGGCGACUAUUAUAGAUACCUGUCUGAGGUAGCAGCUGGAGACGCAAAGAAGACCACAGUGGAUAACUCCCAGCAGGCAUACCAGGAUGCUUUCGACAUCAGCAAGAAGGAGAUGCAGCCCACACACCCCAUCAGGCUCGGCCUGGCCCUCAACUUCUCUGUGUUCUUCUAUGAAAUCCUCAACAACCCAGAGAAGGCCUGCACCCUGGCCAAAACGGCAUUUGAUGAAGCUAUCGCUGAACUUGACACCUUAAAUGAGGAUUCCUACAAAGACAGCACCUUGAUCAUGCAACUACUAAGGGACAACCUGACUCUGUGGACAUCGGAAAACCAGGGAGACGAGGGAGAGACCGGAGAAGGGGAAAACUAAUUGAAUUGCACUGUUAAUCCACCUACACUCUUAAACACAAACAGCUUAUAAACAUCCCCCUCCACUCCAUCAGCCCCUCCCCCUUCUGUAUGACAAGCAGCCUGAAUUGUUCCUGACCAACUAGUUUACCCCUCUCAGGUCACCGAGGCGACAGGGUAAUGUUCAGUUGUUAGCAGGUUGUCAUUUUGUUUGUGAAAAUAAUGUGGUUGUAUUGAGUAGCGAGUCCAUGUUGUUUUUGUUUGUGUGCGCGUGUGCUAGAUCAUAUGUCUGUGCGCCUGUGUGUAUGACUGUUUGUGUUGGGGCCGGGGGGGUUGUGAAAUCUAAUCAUCCUUAAUUUCUUUGUCCCACGUAGCUGGUUAAACAUUUUUCAUUCUUUUUUUUUUAUGGUCAUUUUUUUAGUGUGAUUCGUCAUGGUAUUUGAAGGUUUUAUCGUAUGGUUAUUAAACUGGCAGUUAAUUUUCACCUAACACUGUGAUACUAAGUGUUGCAUUUUCUUCCCCACUCCACUAUUGCUUGCUUUUGAAGUUCUGAUACGCAGUACAAUCCUGUAUUUAACUAACAGUGCAAUUCUGCUGUCGGCUCAUACAGAAAGGAGGCAGGCUGUAUUGUGACACUGGCAUCUGGGUGUUUCGCUCUAAUCAUGAUCACAAUUUCACAAUUUUAACGGUUUGAUUAUUAAGGGACCCCUUCGUUCGCCAUGUUAGAUUUCCUCCAUCAUAAGACAUUCCACCAGAAUUAUAUUAGGCAUUCUGAAAGGCAGAACUCUUUUUGAACAAAGUGUGGAAUAUUGUCCUAGUGGUGUAACUCACGGUUCAAGAUCAAGCGCUGCUUGAACUCGGUACAAUGAAAAUUUGAUGUGCUUAAAUGUACCUUGUAUUUUGCAAGAUUGACUAUCAUCUUUCUGUAAAACCUACAGUAACAACCUUUUUUUCAACGUUAAUUGAAAAUGUCUUAUCACACUGUAUCAACCCUGCUUGCAAAAUAUUCCUCUUAAAGCGGUUGUUUUCUCCAA